GCUGUCCGGCCGCCUCGGUGCUGAUCCCGCCGCCGCCCACGGGCCGUGAGCAACGCUGAGAGGGCAUUAUGAGCGGGGGCGUCUACGGCGGAGAUGAGGUGGGGGCGCUGGUCUUUGACAUUGGCUCCUUCUCAGUCCGCGCUGGGUACGCUGGGGAGGACUGCCCCAAGGCUGACUUCCCCACCACGGUGGGGCUGCUGGCCGCGGAGGAGGGGGGCGGGCUGGAGUUGGAGGGGGAGAAAGAGAAGAAAGGGAAGAUCUUCCACAUCGACACCAACGCCCUGCAUGUGCCUCGGGAUGGAGCGGAGGUCAUGUCGCCCCUCAAGAAUGGCAUGAUUGAGGACUGGGAAUGCUUCCGUGCCAUUCUGGAUCAUACCUACAGUAAACACGUCAAGUCUGAGCCCAACCUGCACCCAGUGCUCAUGUCCGAGGCCCCGUGGAACACACGGGCCAAGCGGGAGAAGCUGACAGAGCUGAUGUUCGAGCAGUACAACAUUCCUGCCUUCUUCUUAUGCAAGACGGCUGUGCUCACCGCCUUUGCAAACGGACGUUCCACGGGCCUGGUGCUGGACAGUGGGGCCACCCACACCACAGCCAUUCCAGUACAUGAUGGCUACGUCCUGCAACAAGGCAUCGUCAAGUCACCCCUGGCAGGGGACUUCAUCUCCAUGCAGUGCCGGGAGCUCUUCCAGGAAAUGGCCAUCGACAUCAUCCCACCUUACAUGAUUGCAGCAAAGGAACCCGUACGGGAGGGCGCCCCUCCGAACUGGAAGAAGAAGGAGAAGCUACCCCAGGUUUCCAAGUCCUGGCAUAACUACAUGUGCAACGAGGUGAUUCAGGACUUCCAGGCCUCUGUGCUGCAGGUCUCGGACUCUCCCUAUGAUGAGCAGGUGGCUGCACAGAUGCCCACAGUGCACUACGAGAUGCCCAACGGCUACAACACAGACUACGGUGCCGAGAGGCUCCGCAUUCCAGAGGGCCUGUUUGAUCCCUCCAAUGUCAAGGGCCUGUCGGGGAACACCAUGCUGGGUGUGGGCCACGUGGUGACCACCAGCAUCGGCAUGUGUGACAUCGACAUCCGCCCGGGCCUGUACGGCAGUGUCAUUGUCACUGGUGGGAACACGCUGCUCCAGGGCUUCACGGACAGGCUCAAUCGAGAGCUUUCCCAGAAGACCCCGCCGAGCAUGCGGCUGAAACUCAUCGCCAGCAACAGCACCAUGGAGCGCAAGUUCAGCCCCUGGAUCGGGGGCUCCAUUUUGGCCUCACUGGGCACUUUCCAGCAGAUGUGGAUCUCCAAGCAGGAAUAUGAGGAGGGAGGGAAGCAGUGCGUGGAGCGGAAGUGCCCCUGAGGGCGCCCCCUCAACACCCACACGGCCGCCAGCCGCCCGC